AUGAAAUUCUCUGCUCUUUCCCUAGGCCUGUUGGCCCUCCUAACGCCGCUGAGUGCGGCAUGGACCAAAGAAGAUCGCGAAAUCUUCCGUGUCCGCGAUGAACUCCUUGCGCAUGAAGGUCCCGAAGUGACUUUUUACGAUUUUCUUGGUGUCAAGAAGGGCGCAAGCCACGAGGACAUCAACAAAGCCUACAAGAAGAAGUCAAGAGAGCUCCAUCCCGACAAAGUCAGACAGCAGCUCCAGGCCCAGCGCAUCAAGGCCAACAAGGAGAACGCCAAGAAGUCGGGAGGCAAGCCCGGUGUGCAGGUGACGAAGCAGCCUACCUCUCAUGAGCUCAAGGUUGCCAUCAAGCGCGCCUCAGAGCGCCAGGCUCGUCUUUCCAUCGUUGCCGAUGUCCUCCGCGGCCCUGGGCGUGACCGAUAUGACUACUUCCUCACCAAUGGCUUCCCUACCUGGAAGGGCACCGAGUACUACUACAACCGCUAUCGCCCCGGCCUUGGCACUGCUAUCUUCGGCGUCUUCCUCGUCGCCGGUGGUGGCGCGCAUUAUCUCGCCCUUUACAUGAGCUGGAAGCGCCAACGCGAGUUUGUGGAGCGCUAUAUCACAUUUGCGCGCCGUGCUGCUUGGGGCGACAACCUUGGCCUCAACAUUCCUGGCGUUGAUGGCGAGCCUGCCGCCGCUCCUCCCCCUCCCCCUCCUCAACAGGUGUACGAAGACGAAGACGGUCGCCAGAUUCCCAUCAACCGCAAGAUGCGUCGCAUGCAAGAGCGCGAGACAAAGAAGGAGGCCAAGGAUAAGAGUGCCGGGCGCAAGACCCGCCGUGGACGUGACACCAAACCCGCCUCGGCCUCUGCUUCCGGAUCAGCGACUCCCCAGCCGCAGCCCGAGGGACAGGGUCCCACUGGAGCCAAAAGGCGUGUCGUUGCGGAGAAUGGCAAGGUUCUCGUUGUUGACUCGGUGGGCGCCGUCUUCCUUGAACAGGAGGAUGAGGAUGGCAAUGUGGGCGAGUACCUUUUGGACCCCAAUGAGAUCGCCAAACCUACCUUCAAGGACACCGCCGUGGUUCGCCUGCCUUUCUGGGUUUAUGAUCUGACCAUCGGGCGUGUGUUUAAGAAGCGCACCGCGGAUGACGAGUUUGAGGAAGAGAUCGACGAGCCCACCGAGACCGAGGUCGUCAAUGACGACGAGGAUUCUGAGCCCGGAAGACUCACUCCCUCCACCGGCUCUGCCGAGGACUUUGAGCUUCUCGAGAAAUCGGUCGACUCUCUGGGUCAGGCCAAGGCAAGCGGUACCCAGAAGGCGGGCGGCAACAAGGCGAGCAAGCGCAAGAACAAGAAGAGGUGA